GCCAUGCGGGAUCUUAAUUCCUGACUGGGGAUCAAACCUGCGCCCCCUGCAGUGGAAGUGCAGAGUCUCAACCACUGGACUGCCAGGGAAGUCUCCCAGACUUACCGCUCUUGAUUACCAAUAUUUGCACCAGCUUCUAUGGAAAACAGAAGCAUUCUGGCUUUCUUGGCCUAAGGAUAUUCAGCAUUUCCUUCAUGAAAAGAAAUUGGAAGCUCAUAUGACAGGCAAAGGAGGGCAAAUCUCAACAUGGAGAAGGUCUACAGAGAAAAUGAAGGAAAGCCAGAAAAUGAAGGAAACCCAGACAAUGAGGGAAAGUCAAAAGAUGCAGUAGAUACAGAAGAUGAAGGAAAGUCAGAUGAGGAAGAAAAGCCAGAAGUGGAGGGGAAGACAGAACACGAGGGAGAGCUCCAGAAUGAGGGACGGCCAGAAGACCAGGGACAACCAGAAGAUGAGAGGAAGAGAGAAAAGCAGGACAAGUCCGAAGCUGAGGGAAAACCACACGGUGAGGGCAAGCUGGAAUCCCAGGCAAAGCCAGAGAGUCAGCCGCGGGCUGCCGAAAAGCACACCGAUGAAGACUACGUGCCCCGGAAAGCAAAAAGAAAAACGGACAGGGGAACGGACGAUUCCCCCAAGGACUAUCAGAACAACUUACAGGAAAGGCAUCUGGGCAGUGAGGAGAUGAUGACAGAAUGUGCAGCUAUGUCAAGGGCUCAGGAAGAGCUAAGGAAAAGACAGAAAAUGGGUGGUUUUCAUUGGAUGCAAAGAGAUGUACAGGAUCCAUUCACCCAAGGGGCCAACGGGGUGUCAGGGGAAUGAGGGGCAGAGGUAGGAGCCAGAGGCGCUUACAUGAUAUCCCAUAUCUUUAAUGCCUUUGGCCUUCAAUUCUGACUCCUCUGAUGAGAAUAUCGCUGACCCUGCUUUCCCUGGCAGGCAUUUGCCAGGCUAUGUGCUUUAACCUUAAGCUGAUUCUUUGCUUUAGGUGUCAGUCUCGUUACCAGCAGCCUUUUGAUCCAACUACAGUGCUCUCUGUGUUUCAGUAGGGGAUUUUCACCCACGUGCAUGGAGGAGAUGUUCAUGGUACACUGUAAAAUAACAAUAAAGAAAAACACCAGUUUUCAGAACCACAUAUACAGCAUCCAUCCGUUUUUGAAAAAAUAAAACAAAAAAGUUAUACAAUACAUCCAUGUACAGGGAAAACUGAAACUGAGUAGACCAAAAGCAAAAUAAUGGUUUUCUCUGGGUGCUGGUGGUAGAGAUUAUCCUUUCACCUGUACUUUUCCCCCUAAAAUACACAGAUUACUUUUGUCAUAAAAUAAAUAAUAAAGUAUUUGAAACAUAGGAAAAUACCAAGCAAUCAAAAUAACUGCUCAGUGAGUUUAUGAAGGUAGUGGAGACACUUAAAAUUCCUGUUGUCAGGAUGUGAAAUGAUGCGUAAAACACAUUAUCUCUGGGACUCACAGCUGGAGGAAUCAACCUGGCAGUUAUUACAGAACCACUGACGUAGGGAACAGUCUUCUCAUCAGUGAAUUGGGGAUAAAGCUUGCCUUCCAGGGCUGUGGAGAAGAUCAGAUGAGAUGCUGAGUGUGUGAACUGUGUUAGGAUGGUUCCUACCCUUUCCCCUGCACUAGCAGGACCAGAACCCCAUCAAAUGUUUGGGAGAGGGCUGAGGGAGCUCUCACGUGUGUCCAUAAAUAAAUCCAGACAGCUGAAAGGUGGGUGUCACUCUCCCCCAGGUAAUGCUGUAUCUGAAGGACACUCUCCCUCUUCUCAUGUGUCCUGUACUCUCCUUAGGGCCCCACUGCUGCUGGUGAGCUGAAGUCCUCAAGGUAACAAAGCCCCUUUGAUUUCCCUGGAGUCUCUAGUGAGUUACACCCCACUAUGUUCCCUACUGAACUAUGGAGAAGGUCCCCCUUCUCACGUUAUAGUUUUAUUAACUAUAAAACUAUAGUUGACAUGAAAUGUGGGAAACGCUUUGUAAAAUCUUGAUUAAUGCAUUUUCAGGCAUUAUAAUUAGCCCACUAGACUUGCCCUAUUCAAAGCAAAGAAUUUAUCUUAUUCAUUUUGGUACCUACAACACAUGACAGAAGCUUAAAAAUCAAUACAUUAAUUAUUGAGUCAGAAGGCCUCAAUUCUUGGCCCAGUUCUGUCCCUGAAUACAUAAUCUUGAGCACAUAAUUUCAUUCUUUAGCAAUUGAAACUUGCCACUCCAAAAGGAACACAGCAAGAGAGGGAUUAUACCACAAUCCAUUGUUAAAUAAUUUUAACAUUGGAUAUAGUAGUGUUUCUCAAAGUUUGCUAGCUACUAGCAGACCAUCUGCAUCGAAAACACCUACCUUGUUGAAAAUGCAGAAUCCUGGCUCCCGCCUCAGAUCCAAUGUAUCAGAAUCUCUUUUGACUUUUCCUCAAAAUGUCUCUGUGUAUAUAAGUCCAUGCCAAUCCCUCACUUCGUCCCAGUUUACCCUUCCCCCUCCCUGUGUCCUCAAGUCCAUUCUCUUCGUCUGUGUCUUUAUUCCUGUCCUGCCCCUAGGUUCUUCAGAACCUUUUUUUUUU